AUGUUACAGCAUAUAAAAAAUACAAUAGCAACAACUAAAGUAGAGCCACUUCUUCAGCAUUUAUUAGAGCAAAUAAUUACAUAUCCAAAUGUCCCUAGAAAGAAAUUUAAAUUUGAGAAUUUUAUAAAGAAUUGUUUAAGAUGUGGUAAUGUUAAGUAUAUUAACAAAGCUUGGGAAAUUUUUGAUAAAGCACAAAAGCAAAAAUCACAAAAUUCAAAAGAUAAUAAACCUGAAGAAGUUGAAAAUGAAAAAAAUGAAACUGACAACUCAACUGAUGCUAAAAAUCCCGAGAAUGGUAAAGUAGAUAAAAGAAAAAAGAAACACAAAGAAAAUAAAGGACAAAAUGACAAUAAUGAUUCAGUUGAUGUCAUUAAUAAUGAAAAUAAUAAAACAAAUAAGAGAAAAAGGAAAGAAGAUGAAGAAAACACAGAAGAAUCAAAACGAAUUUGUUUGGGUGAAGUUACUGAAUCAUCACAUAUAAAAAAUACAAUAGCAACAACUAAAGUAGAGCCACUUCUUCAGCAUUUAUUAGAGCAAAUAAUUACAUAUCCAAAUGUCCCUAGAAAGAAAUUUAAAUUUGAGAAUUUUAUAAAGAAUUGUUUAAGAUGUGGUAAUGUUAAGUAUAUUAACAAAGCUUGGGAAAUUUUUGAUAAAGCACAAAAGCAAAAAUCACAAAAUUCAAAAGAUAAUAAACCUGAAGAAGUUGAAAAUGAAAAAAAUGAAACUGACAACUCAACUGAUGCUAAAAAUCCCGAGAAUGGUAAAGUAGAUAAAAGAAAAAAGAAACACAAAGAAAAUAAAGGACAAAAUGACAAUAAUGAUUCAGUUGAUGUCAUUAAUAAUGAAAAUAAUAAAACAAAUAAGAGAAAAAGGAAAGAAGAUGAAGAAAACACAGAAGAAUCAAAACGAAUUUGUUUGGGUGAAGUUACUGAAUCAUCAGUAAAUAACGCUGAAGAAGAAAAGAAGUUUAAAUGGAGCAGAGUUAUUUUAGAAAUCAUGAAUAAAUAUGUUGAAAAAGGAAUAUCUUUGAAAAAACUUCAAAAAAAGGCAUUGGAACAAUAUUUUGCAAUGGUUGAAGAAGCUGAUCAAUUACCAAAAGAUAAAGUAAUUUUAAAAUUUCAUAAAAAACUAAAACGUAUUCCAAACAUUAAUAUUAGUAAUGAUAGAGUGAACAUUCUUCAGGAUUAAUUUUGUA